GCCGUCAGCAGCGUCGGCCACUGGCACAAACUAUCAGAGCGAGCAAAGCAGCGGAGGAUUUACUUUCUUCCACCUUUCAUUUCAGCCGUCCUUUAUUUUAUUGAACUAAAACAAUGGCAGACACACAAGUGGACUCCGGCUCGGAUAUCUCAGCCAAGGACCUGAAAGAGAAGAAGCUGUUGGAGGAGAAGGAGAACGGCAAAGAUGCUGCCACCAACGGAAAGGAGAACGAGGAGAACGGCGAACCCGACGUAGACGACGAAGAGGACGAGGAGGUGGAUGAGGAGGACGAGGAAGACGACGGAGAAGGUGAGGAGGAGGAUGAGGAGGACGACGACGACGAGAUCGAGGGCGGCACAAAACGGGCAGCUGAGGACGACGAUGAGGACGACGAGGACGACGUCGAAACCAAGAAGCAGAAAACCGACGACGACGAUUGAUGCGUUUUACCCCCGCGCCAUCCUGCUGAACCACUUCCUGAUUCUUCACCUCUGACCGUUUUUAUAUGUCACAGGUGGAGGGGCUGGAGGACUGAUUUAAAGGAAAAAAAAAAUAAUAAUAAAAAAAAAUCAACAUGGUCAUUAGCAAGUAGAGUUCAACAAACCACGACCCACCAACACAACACACUCGAUCUCCCCUCAAAGCUGCAAAACAAAUUUUCUAGAGGAACUCGCCACCACAUCGACGCAGAAAUCUGGCUUCUCUUCAACAACAACACGAAAGGAGAAUUUGUUUGUAUUUUUAUUUACAUUUUAUAUUUUUGUACAUAUUGUUAGGAGGGGGGGUCAGUUUCUCUCUCGGCAGCGAUCUCGUCAGACCAAAUCGGUGCUUCUUUAACAAAAGAUUUUACUUGGUUGACCAUGUUACAAUAUCUCAACAGAUACUAGAAAAAAACAUGUAAAAAACAUGAACCUCUUAAGCCGUUGAACUCAGAGCAUUCCAGUAAAUUUAAUGUAUGUACUUUAGCUGUACCAUAACUAGUUUGUUUGUAUGGGAGGGUAAGGCCAAAGAAAAGAGCCUCUUUUCUUUUUCCUUUUAUUUUGUUUUUGUCAGCGACUUUUUGUUUUAUGACGGCCUGUUUUGAUGUAUGUGCGAAGUUUGUUGUUUGACAAUAAACCGGACUUUUAUUUUGUGAGUUGUA